AUGCACCAAAUGAAUACUAAAAUGCACUUUAGAUUUGUGUUUGCACUCCUGAUGGUAUCUUUCAAUCACGAUGUACUGGGCAAGAAUCUGAAAUACAGGAUUUAUGAGGAACAGAGGGUUGGAUCAGUAAUUGCAAGACUAUCAGAGGAUGUGGCUGAUGUUUUAUUGAAACUACCUAAUCCUUCUACUGUUCGUUUUCGAGCCAUGCAAAGGGGAAAUUCUCCUCUACUUGUAAAUGAGGAUAACGGGGAAAUCAGCAUAGGGGCUACAAUUGAUCGUGAACAACUAUGCCAGAAAAACUUGAACUGUUCCAUAGAGUUUGAUGUGAUCACUCUACCCACAGAGCAUCUGCAGCUUUUCCAUAUUGAAGUUGAAGUGCUGGAUAUUAAUGAUAAUUCUCCCCAGUUUUCAAGAUCUGUCAUACCUAUUGAGAUAUCUGAGAGUGCAGCAGUUGGGACUCGAAUCCCCCUGGACAGUGCAUUUGAUCCAGAUGUUGGGGAAAAUUCCCUCCACACGUACUCCCUCUCUGCCAAUGAUUUUUUUAAUAUCGAGGUUCAGACGAGGACUGAUGGAGCCAAGUAUGCAGACCUCAUUGUGGUCAGAGAGUUGGAUCGGGAGCUGAAGUCCAGCUAUGAGCUUCAGCUCACUGCUUCAGACAUGGGGGUGCCUCAGAGGUCUGGCUCAUCCAUACUAAAAAUAAGCAUUUCGGACUCCAAUGACAACAGCCCUGCUUUUGAGCAGCAGUCUUAUGUAAUACAACUCUUAGAAAACUCCCCCGUUGGCACUUUGCUCCUAGAUCUGAAUGCCACUGAUCCAGAUGAGGGCGCUAAUGGGAAAAUUGUAUAUUCCUUCAGCAGCCAUGUGUCUCCCAAAAUUAUAGAGACUUUUAAAAUUGAUUCGGAAAGAGGACAUUUGACUCUUUUCAAGCAAGUGGAUUAUGAAAUCACCAAAUCCUACGAGAUUGAUGUUCAAGCUCAAGAUUUGGGUCCAAAUUCAAUCCCAGCUCAUUGCAAAAUUAUAAUUAAGGUUGUGGAUGUUAAUGACAAUAAACCUGAAAUUAACAUAAACUUCAUGCCCCCUGGAAAAGAAGAAAUAUCUUAUAUUUUUGAAGGGGAUCCUAUUGAUACAUUCGUUGCUUUGGUCAGGGUUCAGGAUAAGGAUUCUGGACUGAAUGGAGAAAUAGUUUGUAAACUUCAUGGACAUGGUCACUUUAAACUUCAGAAGCCUUAUGAAAACAAUUAUUUAAUCUUGACUAAUGCCACGUUGGAUAGAGAAAAGAGAUCUGAAUAUAGUUUGACUGUAAUCGCUGAAGACAAGGGGACACCCAGUCUCUCUACAGUAAAACAUUUCACUGUUCAAAUUAAAGAUAUAAAUGACAAUCCACCCCACUUUCAGAGAAGCCGAUAUGAAUUUGUAAUCUCAGAGAAUAACUCGCCAGGGGCAUAUAUCACCACUGUUACAGCUACGGAUCCUGAUCUUGGUGAAAAUGGACAAGUGACAUAUACCAUUUUGGAGAGUUUUAUGUUGGGAAGUUCUAUAACUACAUAUGUAACUAUUGACCCAUCUAAUGGGGCCAUCUAUGCCCUCAGAAUCUUUGAUCAUGAAGAAGUGAGUCAGAUCACUUUUGUGGUUGAAGCAAGAGAUGGAGGAAGUCCGAAGCAACUUGUAAGCAAUACCACAGUUGUGCUCACCAUCAUUGAUGAAAAUGACAACAUCCCUGUUGUUAUAGGGCCUGCACUGCGCAAUAAUACCGCAGAAAUCUCCAUACCCAAAGGGGCUGAAAGUGGCUAUCACGUCACAAGAAUAAGGGCAAUUGACAGAGACUCUGGUGUGAAUGCUGAACUCAGCUGCUCCAUAGUAGCAGGUAAUGAAGAGAAUAUCUUUGUAAUUGAUCCACGAUCAUGUGACAUUCAUAUGAAUGUGAGCAUGGAGUCUGUUCCCAACACAGAAUGGGAGCUCUUAGUUAUCAUUCAGGACAAAGGCAAUCCUCAGCUGCAUACCAAAGUCCUUCUGAAGUGCAUGAUCUUUGAAUAUGCGGAGUCAGUGACAAGUACAGCAAUUACCUCAGUAAGCCAGGCAUCCUUGGAUGUCUCCAUGAUUAUAAUUAUUUCCUUAGGAGCAAUUUGUGCAGUGUUGUUGGUUAUUAUGGUGCUAUUUGCAACUAGGUGUAACCGAGAAAAGAAAGACACUAGAUCCUACAACUGCAGGGUGGCAGAAUCAACUUACCAGCACCACCCAAAAAGACCAUCCAGGCAGAUUCACAAAGGAGACAUCACUUUGGUGCCUACCAUAAAUGGCACUCUGCCCAUCAGAUCUCAUCACAGAUCAUCCCCAUCUUCCUCUCCUACCUUAGAGAGAGGGCAAAUGGGCAGUCGGCAGAGUCACAACAGUCACCAGUCACUCAACAGUUUGGUGACAAUCUCAUCUAACCACGUGCCAGAGAAUUUCUCAUUAGAACUCACCCACGCCACUCCUGCUGUUGAGCAGGUCUCCCAGCUUCUUUCAAUGCUUCACCAGGGACAAUAUCAGCCAAGGCCAAGUUUUCGAGGAAACAAAUAUUCCAGGAGCUAUAGAUAUGCCCUUCAAGACAUGGACAAAUUUAGCUUGAAAGACAGUGGCCGUGGUGACAGUGAGGCAGGCGAUAGUGAUUAUGAUUUGGGGCGAGACUCUCCGAUAGACAGGCUACUGGGCGAAGGAUUCAGUGACCUAUUUCUUACCGAUGGAAGAAUUCCAGCAGCUAUGAGGCUCUGUACGGAGGAGUGCAGGGUCCUGGGACACUCUGACCAGUGCUGGAUGCCACCGCUGCCCUCGCCACCCUCUGAUUACAGGAGUAACAUGUUCAUUCCCGGGGAGGAAUUCCCAACGCAACCCCAGCAGCAGUAUCCGCAUCCGAGUCUUGACGAUGACAGCCAGCCUGCAGACUCCGCUGAGAAGAAGAAGAGUUUUUCCACCUUUGGGAAGGACUCCCCCCACGACGAGGACACUGGGGACACCAGCACGUCCUCUCUGCUCUCGGAAAUGAGCAGCGUGUUCCAGCGCCUGUUACCCCCUUCCCUGGACGCCUAUUCCGAGUGCACCGAGGUGGAUCGGUCCAACUCGCUGGAGCGCCGGAAGGGGCCCUUACCAGCCAAAAGUGGGGGGUACCCGCCAGGGGUGGCGGCCUGGGCAGCCAGCACGCAUUUCCAAAAUCCCACCACCAACUCUGGGCCCCCACUUGGAGCUCACGCCAUCGUGCAGCCCUCUUCAAAGUGGCUGCCUGCCAUGGAGGAGAUUCCUGAGAAUUACGAAGAGGAUGAUUUUGACAAUGUGCUCAACCACCUCAGUGACGGGAAACACGAACUCAUGGAUGCCAGCGAGCUAGUGGCUGAGAUCAACAAACUGCUGCAAGAUGUCCGCCAGAGCUAG